AUGCGAAUCGUUCGCGGUUUACUUUUGACGAUUGCUUGUUUGAUUGUGGUCGCUACUUGUCGUCCAUCUGAGGAAAUGGUAAAGAGCCAAGAUGGUCGGCCAAAUGUAACCAAAGAGAAUACUACCGUAUCCUUCAAAGUUUUUGAUCGUCAAAUUGAUGCUGAUCGUUCCUGCAACGAAACUUUUGAAAUCGGCCCCAACUCUCCUGGAUUUUUACUGUAUCCUGGAUGGAUUGGCUAUGGACAAACACAAACCUGUAUUGUCUCGAAGAUUGAAGAUUGUCUCGAAUAUGAUGAAGCUAUCGUCGACCUUUGUUUUACAGAUUAUUCAAAUUCCAGGAAAAUAAAAGCUUGGCUCAAUGAUGAGCUGAAAGAUCCAAAGACCUGCGAACAGAAUUCUAAGAUAACUCAACGAUCAGAUGAAGCUUAUACAGCAAUAUGUUGUCGUUAUGUGGUUCCAAUAGGACAAAACAACCAAUGGACAAUCCGACAAGAAUUUGACAACCAGGGCUCUGCUACUAAUUUGUACUACGCGGCCUCAAUUCGUCUGAGAAACUUUUUUCCGCCUGAUGACGACCCACCAAGCGUCGUUUUGACCUCGGAACUCUCUCAAAGAGGUGAUGUGAGGACGACAAUCGACUCGAGAGACACUGAUUUUUGGGUUCUUUAUGUGACGGACACACUUAACAACAAGGGCGGGAAUUUGAUGGCGACCGGAUAUCAUUGGUUCUCGUUGCCCAGAAAUGCCCAAGAUCGGUGCGAGUACGAGUUUUACAGUGGAUCGAUUCCUGUGCCCAAAGAAAGAUCAACCGACUCGAAGCUGUUUUUACUGAAAACAAAAGCUCAUGAGGAGUUUGACGAACAAAUGUUCAUCUCCACCACCUAUGCUAUUCGCGUUCCCCCAAAAUGCACCCCAAUCAUGAGACUCGGCUCAUACCAAGGAUAUGAUUCGGAUGAAAGAGUGAGGCAAGAAUGCCAUGGCACAUUUUUCAUGAAUGGUCCCGGUGUUACGCACGGAAAAACGAGCAAUUGGGACUACAGCUACCAUUGUGGUUUGAAUGAUGUGGAUGUCGCUUUGGAAGUCGUUUUUGUGGAAACGGGCAAUCUCGAGAUCGAACUCUUUGAUAUAAACGAUCAACUAGUGGAGAAGGGACGAUUGACAUAUGACAGCAGUUUCUCAUCUUAUCCAUCGUUUGUCAAUGUUGGCAAUGUGCGGAAAAUAAAGUUUUCUUGGGCGAAUGCAUCGAAUCUCCAAGCGACAAACGGCUUUCUGCUGAGAUUUUCUUUAGAAACAAUCACAACCACCACUCCUCUUACUCCAACUAAAAUCGCCGCCACAGCCACAACAGAUUUGAUGGAAGUGCCGCUGGUGGAAUCGAUCGAUUUG